UCUUGUCUCUAUGUGGCUCCGCCAUUAUUGGGACCACCUAUCCUCGGUGAACCAGCCACAAGUGUAAAUGUGUGGACGACUUGUGAGUCGUGCUUGGCACUAAGAAACCCCUUUUUUCCAUGUUCUGUGCAGUUUUGACAUUCUCAAAUUCCAAAUAUAAAAACAAUCGGCUAGUUUUGUUAGAACUUAACGCGAUAUCAAUAACUCCUUGAUCUCGUAUCUUUCUGUAUUUUCUUUUUAUUUUAACUCUCCAAACAAAUGGUUGAAGCUGUUUCAGGAAAUGAUCCUCAAACCAGUUAUAGUGCCCAAGGUUCCAAUGAGAGCUUGCGGGACAACUUGGUCUCUAGGAAUCAAGUUGAGGCAGCAGCCAACUUGUUCUCUAAGAAUCAAGAUGAGGCAUCAACAUCUGAAUGGGCGGGCAAUGGAAACGGUCUGGACUUUACGUGUGACAGUUCUGUACUAAGGGAAGGGAUUUCGGGUCUGGAUGGUGAUUGGCGCCAAGGUCUUGACGAGCCAUCCAAAUAUACGAAGAAGAGGAGGAAUACAGAUGUAAGCAGCAGCAGUGCAUUAAAUAGCGCUAGUGAUCUAUCACUAUCGGAGGCUCUGUCUCAGAUUUCUAAAGAUCUAGGUCUAUCUUCACCUUCAUUAUGUUCUGGAGAAGAAGAAGAAGACAAGGAGAAUGAGGAGGCUGAUUCGCCAGAAAGCCAUGGUGAAAACCUUCAAGCUGAGCUAGCUUUACAUCAUUUAGAGUGUUAUGGGGAUGAUAUGCUGUCAUCGGACAGCAAUGAAGAUGAGGAUGAGAUACAAGCUACAUCAGUUUUUGGUGCAAGUGAAUCGAAGGAUAGCUGUCAAAAACCAGAAGUUGGGAUGGAAUUCUCUUCUGAAGAGGAGGCUUACAAAUUUUACACAAGUUAUGCAAAUAAGAUUGGUUUCAGAACAAGAAAAGGGAAGGUGCAACGAUUGUCCAACGGAACCAUUAGAAAAAGAUUCCUUUUUUGUUCGAAACAAGGGUUUCGAUUGAAGAAACAAGCUGACAAGAUAACGAAGUACAAGAGGAAAGAAACAAGAACAGGUUGUGAUGCCAAGAUCCAGUUUUCAGUUGAAAAUGGAAAAUGGGUGGUCUCGCAAUUUUCACAAGAGCACAAUCAUCACCUUGAAGAUCGUAGGCAUAUCACAAGAUCAUGCACUAAAACGUCCGAGGCUCACUUGAUUCACACCGGAAAUAACGCACAGAUGGCAAUGGAUGCUGGAGCUCCAAAAUGCACAGAAUUAUGCAAUAUGGUUUGGAGUACACAUCCUAAAGAAGUUCAAAUCCUGUUAAAUUAUCUGAGGCGUCUGCAGGUGGAGGAUCUGUCACUCUUCUAUGCAGUUCAGCUUGACUCUGAUAAUCGCCUGAAAAAUCUUUUCUGGAGAGAUGGGAGGUCCAUGGUAGACUAUGACUACUUCGGCGAUGUUCUUAUUUUGGACACAACUUUUAGGAUGGACAAAUAUGAGAUGAUCUGUGCACCAUUUUGGGGACUCAAUCACCAUCGGCAGUAUGUCAUGUUUGGCUGUGCUUUCUUGCUUGAUGAAAGCAAGGAGUCAUUUGUGUGGUUGUUCGAGACUUUUUUGGAAGCAAUGGGAAGAAAACAACCAAAAACAAUUGUUACUGAUGAGAACCAAGUGAUGGUUGAUGCAGUAAAAGUGGUGUUGCUGGAUGCAGAACAUCUGUUUGGUGUGUGGUUUAUCCGCCAAAAAGCAUUAAAGCACCUAUCUGCAUUUUAUAGUCAACCUGAUUUUGUCAACAUCUUCAACGAAUGCGUCUCUUAUUGCCAAAAUGAGGAAGAAUUCGAGUCAAAGUGGGAUUUUCUACUCAAGAAAUUCAAUCUCUGUGAAAACGCCUGGCUGAACAAUCUAUACUUGUCUCGAGAAAGAUGGGCUAAUGUCUUCCACAAGAAAACUUUCUCCGCAGGCAUAAGAUGGUGCAACGACAAUGUCAAUGUUUUCCAAAAUUCAACAAGUGACACCAUGGACCUGUCAAUGUUUGUUCAUCAGUAUCUUAAAGUGGUAGAAACACAGCGCUCGGCAGAGCUAAAUGAAGAUAUGCGUUGCCGUGAAACAACCAAGGUGUUAAGUUCCAGCGCGAUGGAGAAACAAGCAGCCAAUAUAUACACCCGCACAAUCUUCAAAAUAUUUCAAGAAGAAUUAAUAACAUGUUUGUCAGUGGCCAUAGAAGAAAUUGCUAGUGAUGGGACGAAUGCUACAUUCAAGCUGACAGAGGAAGGCCAGAAGGAGAGCAUUGUUGAAUUCAGCUGUCUGGAUUCUAAUCUUGCAUGUAGCUGUAGGAAAUAUGAAUCAGAAGGAAUUUUAUGUGUCCAUGCCUUAAAGGUACUCAAUGCAAGAAAUGUCUUUCGUAUACCAGACCAGUACAUGUUAAAGCGGUGGACAAAAUGUGCUAAAGAUAGUGUGCCAGAAGAUGAGCAUGUUCAAAAGUUGGCUGGCCAGAAGCAACAGCCAAUGAGUUUGCUUUUGAAAAAAGCUUUGGAUGUCAUUUAUAAAACCUCUGCAUUUGAGGAUUGCCAGAAAAUAGCUAUGCAUUAUUUAGACGAGGCAUCAAAAAAGGUAGAAGCUGCGCUAAGAUCAAAGAAACACAGAUCAUUUUAAAUCGAGAAGAGAUGGACUAGGCAUCAGCCUGCCAAAGGGCUAGAUACCAGCCUGUUUUUGUCAUCAUCUCAAAUGGAUAUUGGGAAAGUUAGAGUUGGAGGUUGUACGGCAAUAAGAGAGAUCAGUUGGAACUAGAGACUGGGCAGGGAAGUUCAAGCUCAAAUGAUGAUGCAGAGAACCCUUUGGUUCAGAAGGCACGACGCUCGUGCAGAGUACGCAAGCCCAAACUCCAUGCAAUGUAACCUGUACCAGGAUGAAGCUUCGUGUGCUAUAGAGGCAUACGUUGUUGUUAAACUUGGAUCAGCAUGAUGAAGCUGAUGUAGUAAACUCAACUGUUAAAACUUUGAUUUGUCAUGCUUUCAUUAUGUAUAUAAAUAAAAAAGAGAAAACACUACAGAGAAAAAGAGGGUGAGGUUUUACAAUUUAUAUAAGCUUGUUGUUUAUAAAAUAAAAUAAAAAGUUGUUGCUCUAACUGUCUCAAAACAUCUCUCACUGAUAAUUUGUAACGAAGCCUUCUUAUUCGUCAAAAAUAAAAGAGUACUUUUUGAGA